CUGUGCUGGUGCUGGUGCGUCCUCUCCGCAUUCUCUGACAAUCCCGAUGCUGCUCGUUUGCGUAGUUCUUGCCUCUGUGCUGGCCCAGACUUCCAGCUUCUUGACACCGUUUCCCGUUGGCGCCAGCAGAAACAGCAACUCUGCCAUCAAGAGCUUCAGGAUGGGAAUGGAUCAUCUCAAGAUUGGUUCGGAUGCCCCAGCCUUCUCGGUGAAAGACCAGGACGGUGCCGAGGUCACCUUGUCGUCGUUCAAGGGCCAGAAGAAUGUCAUCGUGUAUUUUUAUCCGAAGGACGCCACCCCUGGCUGCACCAAGGAGGCUUGCACGUUUCGAGACCUGCAGAGCGACUACGACGCCUUGGACUGCGUGGUUCUGGGAGUUUCGGCGGACAGCGAGGCCAGCCACCAGGACUUCAUUGCGGACCUGGGCCUGAACUUCAGCCUUCUGGCAGACACCGACAAAUCCCUGAUAAAUGCCUACGGGGCGAUGAAGGCCGAGGACGAAAACAAGAUACAGAGGAGUACGGUGGUGAUCGACAAGGAAGGCAAAGUGGCGGCGGUAUGGAAUCCGGUGACGGCGGCAGAGGAGCACCCUGUGGAGGUCUUGGAGAAGAUUAAGGGGAUGUAGAGUAGCUCUAUCUGUUGGCAGGAAUGUUUCACCGCGUCAGUAUGUAGCCUACCGAGAAGCAAGCAGAGCGCAUUCGGUGGAUGAGUGCGUACUACAUCUAUGUUUGAGGAUUGCUACUAUGUCGUGAAUCUGUGUCGGUUACAUGGGAGAGUGUUUUUUUUUUUCUCCCGUCAUUGGACUUUGCCGUCUGCCCCUCUGGCCCCCAUCCUCCACUUCUAGCUAGACGACCCAACCGGGGUCACAUAGGAGGGGGGGUUGGACCCCCUCCUGCGGUUCCUGCCUGAGAUAUUUUAUCGCGAGAAUGGUACAGCAAUCCCUUCCCUCGCGACUUAUGAAGUCGAUCAAGUUUACAAACAGCGAGCUUUGCAGCGCGUCGCUUCCAACUUAGACCAGGAUUAAUUUAGCGAGAAAAAACUUUCUCUGCCGUGUGUGAGUGCGUGUCAUUUACUUUUUCUUGGUGGAACAUUUUUUCCCACCCCACGAGAAGUGGAGAUACCCAUCGCAAAAUUGGAUCAACGUUUUUUUUGUGUGACAGGAUUCCUUGAUCCUGAACCGCUACAAUAUUAUGUUGACGAGGACCGGCUGAUUGUUUUUGGUUUUGACCCAGGGCGGCGGGGUAUCCACAAACCAUCCUACACACCUUACCGUCGGCCAGCUCGGUAAUCA